GUUUUGCUGAAGACGCAGACGAUGAUUAACAUGAGCUCCUGGUCUCCAAACGAGAACCCACUCACCACCACCCUGCGCCGCCGCGGUUACUGUCCGUAUCACCAGAGAACAGACCCUACGUGGAGAAAGUGUUGGAAGAGAAAGACCAUCUUUAUUCAUCAUCACACCUGAGUGUGGUGGAUUUGUGCAUAAAGACUGCCGAAAAUGAUGGCAGAAUCUCUGCCGUUCUGUGGCACCGCCGGCCCCUUGUCAGGGCUGGAGCUGGAGGCCUGGUAUGAGGACCUACAAGACAUCUUGUCCUCGGAAACAAAAAAUACUGCAGCAGUCCAGUUGGUAUCCGAUGAGCAGGUGGAAACUCUGGAUGGCUCUCCUUACCUCUGGACACUGGAGUCAAUAGAUUCAACUUUAUCAGUGAACUUUACCGAUGAAGAAGUGGUCGCUUUGGAAACUGUUGUAAAUGAAUUGCCUUCUGAAGUUUUGGAAUUUUUAGCCCAGGAAUCGCAUAAUGACUUUGAAAAUCCAUCUACUUCAGAGUCUUUAAAUGACCAACAGGAUAGGGCUUUUGAUGUGGACUCUAGCUGUAGUAGCUGUCCAUCACAAACCCAUACAGAAGAUGAGGACUCUAGUGGCAGUCAGUGUGGAACAAAGAGGAAGAGGGACACUCAACCUAGAGGCGGAAAGAUCAGGAAAGAAAAGGAACAAGAGAAUGACAAGAAGGUUGCUCACUUAGCAUCUGAGAAUGAGCGUCUGAAGAGCGAGAUCGAACGUCUUACUUUGGAGGUAGAGAAGACCAGGAAGUCUCUCAUAGAAAGAAUGGUUAAUCUUAAGAAAUGAACUGUUAACCCUGAAUGUGAUAAAACUGUUUAAAGAAGCUCAUGGGAAAACGGUCACAUCUGAAUCACAGUAUGGGCACUGGGUGUGAGAGAUGACGACUAUGUACAGGACUCUGUAUAUAACUUGUGUAUAAUUCAUGGUAUUUGGAAAUGAAGGCCUCUUGCACAGAAACAUAUUAUGGCUGCAUACAUCAUCCAAGUUGUAUGGAGUUGUAAUACAGCACCUAUAGACCGCUGUGUGGAUUACUUAACAUUCAGCACAAUAUAAACUGUUGCAUGCUUCACAAUUUAUAUUCUCCCUGAGAACUGGUUCUGUGGGAGCAUACCCCAUAAUACUGCACUGUCUGGAGCAAUGUGCAUGAGGCCUAACAAUCGCAAAACUGUAUAUGUAUCUGUUUUUUUUUUUUUGUUUUUUUUUUUAAAGGGCCUCUUGUCAGCAGAUUUGUACCUAUGAACCUGGAUGACCUGUUUCAUGUUGCGCUUGGCCGCUGAAGGUCUUUGUUGGUCUCAUGUUCAUAUGUGGCCGCAUUGCUGGAAAAACUGAUGUUUUAAUAUAGGCAAAUGAGCCUCUAGGAGCAACGGGUGUUGCCAUUACACCUAGAGGCUCUGCUCUCUGCAACUGCAGCGUCCUCUGCACUUUGACCAGGCCAAGCAAUUAAAACAUCAUGCCUGGCCAUGUCAAAGUGGAGAGGGCACAGCAGUUGCAGAGAACAGCCCUUAGAUGUAAAGGCAGCACCCCCGAUGCUCCUACAGCCUUAUUUGCAUAUGAACAUAGGACCAACACAGCUGCCAAGUGCACAUGUAACAGGUCAGCCAGUGUCAUGGGCACAAGUCUGCUGACAGAUGCCCUUUUAACAUUUAGCAACAGAAUGUAAAUCUGGGCUGAAACUGUAAAUUCAGCUAAUAAAAGAAAAAGCCACUACACACCAUAGGGCACAAUCACACUUGUGCGUUUUUUAUUUCUGCUAUCUGCAACAUUCUCGGCACAAAUGGUGUAUGUGGAGUUGGCCUACAUGCACAAAGUUUGGAGAGACAUCAACAUGUUCAUUAAUUGGGGUGGGAUUACAUCCUAGGGAAAGAUCUUCCCCUGACUUGAUCCAAUCCUGAUAUUUGGCACAGGCGCCUACAGCGCAAACUACAAAAAUUCUCCCCAUGCCCACUGCAUGCAGGAUAUUACAAUUCAAGUUUUGAAAUGGGUAUGUAUACUAUAUAUCUAUUACUUCUCCAAUAUUUUUGUUUAUGUAUAAUAUAUGUAUCACUUUAUAUAAAAUAAAGUAUAUUUACCUCUUG